AUGGCCUCCUUGCGAGGGGUGCUCGGGUUCUCCGUCUUUUGCACCGUCGUGCAGCAGGCCUGGGCCGCCGUUGUUGAACACAACUUCGAUAUUGGUUGGGUGCAUGCAAACCCCGACAAUGCCUGUGUCCGACCAACUAUCGGUAUCAACGGGCAGUGGCCCCUGCCGCGUAUCGAUGCGAACGUCGGCGAUACGAUUAUCGUCAACGUCAACAACCACCUUGGCAACCAGUCUACCUCGCUACAUUUCCACGGCAUGUUUAUGCAGGGCACACCUCACAUGGACGGCCCAGAGCAAGUGACCCAGUGCCCGAUACAUCCAGGCGGCUCCUUCACGUACAAAUUCAAGGCUGAGCAACAUGGAACCUACUGGUAUCACUCCCACACGCACAGUCAAUACCCUGACGGACUCCGGGGCCCUCUCAUCAUCCAUGACCCCGAAGCACCAUUCAAAAGCAAGUACGACGAAGAGCUUGUUCUCACCCUAUCUGAUUGGUACCAUGACCAAAUGUCAGAGCUCAUCCCUCAGUUUCUGGCAAAGAACAACCCCACCGGUGCUGAGCCCGUCCCGCAAGCUGCGCUUGUGAACGAAACCCAGAACCUGGCUGUAGCGAUCCAUCCCGGCAAAACAUACCUGUUCAGAGUUAUUAACCUUGGUGCUUUUGCCACCCAGUACCUAUGGUUUGAGGGGCACUCAAUGACCAUCGUGGAGGUGGAUGGCGUCUACACGAAACCUGUCAAAACCAACAUGAUUUCUCUUUCGGCCGGCCAACGAUGCAGUUUCCUGCUCUCUACCAAGGACAAGGCCAGAGAGAAUUUUGCCUUUGUAGGAAGCAUGGACACUUCACUUUUUGAUGUUCUACCACCCGAGUUGAACUGGAAUGUUACUGGCUGGCUAGUGUAUAACGAAGACAGGGAACUCCCGCAGCCUGCCACCGUCGAUGAGUUUGAUCCCAUUGAUGACGUGACUUUGGUUCCUUACGACGAAGAACCGUUGUUGCCCGAACCGGACCGUGUCAUUGAGCUCGACGUCAUCAUGGACAACCUCCGCGAUGGGGCGAACUACGCCUUCUUCAACAAUAUCACCUAUAAGGCACCUAAAGUGCCGAGUCUCUACACCGUCCUCAGUGCUGGCGACCUUGUAACGAACUCACGAAUCUACGGUGAAUAUACUAACAGCUUUGUCCUGGACAAGGAUGAGAUCGUCCAAAUUGUGGUCAACAAUCUGGACGAUGCCCGCCAUCCCUUCCAUCUUCACGGGCAUCAAUUCCAAGCUAUCCAUCGCUCUGCUGAAGAUGGUGGGAAGUUUGAUGAGUCUGCGAUCUCGGAAGUGGGCUGGCCUAAGUCGCCUAUAAGACGGGAUACUCUAGUAGUGUGGCCGAAUGGAAACAUUGUCCUGCGAUUCAAGGCCGACAAUCCAGGUGUGUGGCUCUUCCACUGUCAUAUCGAAUGGCACGUAGUCUCCGGUCUGGUCGCAACAUUUGUUGAGGCUCCUAGGGACCUCCAGGACAUGAUCACCAUUCCCAAAGACCACCUGAAGGCGUGUGCGGCUGGCAACAUUCCUGUAUCUGGGAACGCUGCUGGAAACACUCAUAAUUUGUUAGAUUUGACAGGCCAAAAUGCUCCUCCGCCUCGGCUCCCAGACGGGUUCACGGCUAGUGGCUUAUUUGCCUUCAUUUUCAGCUGCAUCAUGGGCAUUGCUGGAGUCGGAGUUGUGGGUUGGUAUGGCAUAACAGCCCAAGAAGGGGAGCCAGAACCUCCUGAAUCGCCCACCUUGGCUCCGCUGAUCGGCAGGCAUACAGAUGGUGCUGAAGAUGAGCCUCAUCAUCAAUUUAAUUCGAGACAUGACAGUGAAAGAGAUUCCGGGAGGUAA